UCCUUUGGGUAGAAGAUUCAACUUUUUUUGGAAGAUGGGAGUAAUUUUCAUUUGUAGGGAGAAUCGGUAAAAACCCAGUCUUUUCCGUUGGGUGUUUCUCCACCUAUAGGCUAUAGGGAAAGCGGAGGGAAGGAUGCUGAUACGCCACUUCCGGUCCAUGAGUAUGACAACACUGUUCUCUUCCGCCGCCGCGCCGGUGUUCACGGCGGUUCCCAGGCUAUGCUCUCGAUACCCACUUCCCGUAUUCAUCAAAUUUCUCGCAGCGGUUAACCGACCUUCAGUUAUUUGCACCGCCUCUAGGUCCGUCACUUGCGCCCUUUACUGCACUGACCCCUCCUCCACUGCGUCCUACGAACCCUCAGAAUCAAAGCAAAAGCCCCUAAAGCCAGGUUUAUAUCUGGUGGGAACACCUAUUGGGAAUCUUGAAGAUAUUACUCUGAGAGCUUUGAGAGUCUUAAAUUCUGCAAAUGUGAUACUUUCAGAAGACACUAGGCAUUCGGGAAAGCUGCUACAGCAUUACAAUAUUAAAACUCCUCUUCUCAGCUAUCACAAAUUCAAUGAGUCUCAGAGGGAACAGGCAGUGUUAAAAAGACUGCAAGAGGGCCAAAUUGUGGCCUUGAUCAGUGAUGCUGGGACUCCGGGCAUCAGUGAUCCCGGUGCUGAAUUGGCAAAAUUAUGUGUGGAGAAGAACAUACCCGUCAUUCCCAUCCCUGGUCCUUCAGCUCUCAUAACAGCGCUAUCUGCCUCUGGCUUACCUACUAAUGAGUUCACAUUUGUUGGGUUUCUCCCAAAGCAUGCUGGUUCUAGGAGAGAGAGGCUGACGGUUUCUGCAAAUGAGGCAGCAACUCAGAUUUUCUUCGUUCCACCUCACAAGCUUUGCCAGUUUCUUGAAGAGACUUCUUCGAUAUUUGGUGACUCUAGGCAGUGUGUCAUGGCGCGGGAAAUGACUAAAUUACACGAGGAGUUCUGGCAUGGCACUAUCGGCCAGGCCAUAGAAGCAUUCUCGGAUCGCCAACCUAAGGGGGAAAUCACCAUCUUGCUUGAAGGAAAGUCACGGAGUAUAGAUGAGAUUCCAUCUGAGUCGCAACUGGAGAAUGAAUUGAGAGAGCUGAUCUCGAAAGGGCAUACACUUUCAAUGGCAGUCAAGUUGGUGGCAACGGGCAAGUCUCUGAGACGAAAAGCAAUAUAUUCUCUCGCACUUAGGAAAUUUGGGCGGCCAGUUGAGUCGGAUGAUGAUUGCUGUUCAUGAGAUGCUGCAAAUGUCUCAUCCCGUCCUACCAUCAUGACACUGGAGUUAAAAAGAGGGUAAUGGGGAAAGAAAGAAAUAUCCUCGGCUGCCAUUGAUUAUGGAAGCCGAGAUUAGAUUACCUUCUGUAGCUGUUGAAGAGAAGAAAGAUGGUUUCCAUAGCCCAGACCAGACCCCCACUCUGCGCAUUCCAAACAAAACAUUCAUUUUUGGUUCCAUACAGCAUUCAAAACUCCAUGAGUGUGCAUGGUGACAAACUUCCAUGGAUGCAGAUUUGUUCCCUAAAUUGCUUGAGACGAAAAAGAAAUUCUUUCCUCCCUCUGAUGUUUAGUUUUGUAGUUACUCUCAUCCAUCCUCGUUUGAAUCUUUGAAGACUUUCAUGUUUCCUUCAGUUUAUAUCUUUCUACAUC